CCGGCUGAGACUUCCUGUUUUCGGGGAGCAGAGCCUCCUCGCGCCCCUCUCUCUGGAUCAUUGAUCUCUGCUCACAGCUAACAGCUAACCACCGGGACGAUCCCUGAAAGAGCCCGGGAAACAGCAGGGAUUUGGCCGCAGCUCUCAGGAAGUGUCGCUAUCUGCUUGAGCUAAUCAGAGCUAAUGCUAAUUAGCUGGUUAUUGAGCCUGUUUAUAAACCGUGUUAACGAGAGCUAAAGAGGCUAAUCACAGCAGCUAACCCGGGCUAACAGGGCUUUGAUGUGUGUUUGAGUUAGUUUUUAGUCAGCUUUAAGUGUCCCUUUUAAAGCCUCUUCCUGUCCGGGUUUACAUUCAAACUCACUGGUUUGUGAUGGGCUUAACCCAGUCUAAAGACACACUGAGGGUUUGUUAUGGUUCCUGUGAGAGGGUUAAGAGUCUACAAGUAGUCUGGAUACAUGAGGGUAAAGGGUCUACCAAGCAGUCUGGAUUAGCAUAAGGGUUAAGGGUCCUAAAGCAGUCUGGAUACAUAAGGGUUAAGGGUGUCCAUGUAGUCUGGAUACAUGAGGGUUAAGGGUCUACAAGCAGUCUGGAUACAUGAGGGUUAAGGGUCUAAAAGUAGUCUGGAUGAGGGUUAAGUUCAGGGGUCUUAAUGUGGUUCAGGUUUUGUUGAAUAUAGUUUUUAAUUAUCUCAAUUCUGCCUUUAAGUGUCCCUUUAAAGCCUCUUCCUGUCUGGGUUUAGACCAGGUUUAGAUUCAACUCACUGGCUUGUUGUGGUUCCUGUGAGAGGCUAAAGGGUGUACAGGUCUUCAGUUCAGGUUCUCAUGCAGUCUGGUUAGCUGAGGGUUACAGUCAGGAUGUAGUUCAGGUUUUAUUUGAUUUGAGUUUUAAAUACUCUUAAAUCUGCCUUUAAACGCAGGGUCCUGUUGGAGACCUGGUCCGGAUCACAGGUGCUGUUUGAUGGGAUUUUGGUGGUUCUGGUUCCUAUCUGUUUACAGUCGCUCUGGACCUGGUCUGGUUUCAGCUGAAUGUUCUUCACAUAUAGACCGGUUUGAGACCUGGUUCUGGUUUUAUUCCUGGGUCUCCUUUCUUUAUUUAAGUUUCCUUACAGGUGCUUCACUCAGGUUUGUUAGACCUGGUUUCUGAAUGUGGUCUGGCCUGGUUUACAUAGAGGACUUCAGGCAGCCUCUGGUCUCAAACUGGUUUCACUGUCAGACCGGGUCAGUCUUCCUGAAGUUAACAGGACACAGAGGCAAUUCAAAGUGCUUCACAUCCUCACUAACACUUAACAAGAAGACAACAGAAAGGAACACAGAAGAGAAACACAUGGAGUGACACAUUCAUAAAGGAGAUACAGAAUAGUUUGAAAACCACAUUGUGAAUCCAGAAGGAGCUGAGACCAGUGAAAAGGCUUCUGGGUCAGCAGCUGAGAAGACUCGUGUUUCAGACUCGACUUCAAAGAGCUCAGCGCUGGUGAAGAAGACUCUGGGUUUCUGGAGGUUUCUUCCAUUUGUGGGGAGCAUAACGACUAAGACCCCUGAAGACAGCUGGUUCUGGUUCUGGAUGCAGUUAGUCCUGGUUUGGCAGCAGGAUGGCGGACCUCCAGCAGACCCCCGCCUCUCUGUGCUGCUGCCGGAAAUCCCCUCCGGUCUCAGGGUCCCGAGCCUCAGCAGGAGGUCCUGGUCCCUCAGCAGGAGGUUCUGGUCCCUCAGCAGGUCCUAGUCCCUCAGCAGGAGGUUCUGGUCCCUCCUCAGGUUCUGGUUCUAGUUCUGGUCCUGGUUCAGGUUCUGGUUCUGGUCCUGGUCCCCCUCAGCGACACCCCCUGGUGGACGUGGCCUCGGCCUCUAACUUCAGCUGCUUCUCACUGAAACACCUGCACCUGGACCUCAGGAUCAACUUUGCGGUGAAGGAGCUGAGCGGCUGGCUGGUUCUGGACCUGGUCCCGCUGCAGCCGGGGACCCAGAGCCUGGUUCUGGACUGCCACCCCUCCCUGCUGAUCCAGACUGUGGACUGUAAGGUCACGGGUCAGACGGGUCUCACGUCCCUCACCUACCGCCUCGACCCCUUCUCAGACUACGGGUCCUCUCUGAACAUCAGCCUGCCGAACGCCCUGAAGCUGGGCCGACUGAUCCAGGUCACGGUCCGGUACAGCACCACAGACGGGCCCGCGAUCUGGUGGCUGGACUCGGAGCUCACCUGUGGACAGACCCGUCCUCUGGUCUUCACUCAGGGACACUCCGUCUGCAACAGAUCCUUCUUCCCCUGCUUCGACACUCCAGCUGUGAAGAGCACGUACACUGCAUCAGUGAGG